AUGGGAAGCGUAGAAACCUACUUUCUCUUCAAAUAUCGCACUGAAAUCUCAACUUUGAUCACCCAACUGAGUCAAGAACGAUUCCAACCAAAAAAUUCAAAGCAAAUUGAAAUAGCUGAAGAAGCAAUUAAACCGUAUACCAUUAUAAGAAUAUUAUUACAAACCAUCAUUUUUUUUUCGGGUAUUUUUUUAUAUAUUUCACCACUUGCUACAUUGAAAACUGAAAAAAGUUUCCCCUAUAACUGUUGGUAUCCAUUUAACGUGAGCAAAUCUCCCCUUUAUGAAUUAGCAUAUAUACAACAAGUUUUGGGUGGAUUAUAUAUAACAAUAACAAAAUUGUCCACUAUUUUAUUUUUGGGCGGCAUACAACUAUAUCUUGGAGUUCAGUGUGACUUUUUAUGCCACAAAAUAGAAUCUCUUGGUGGGCCGUAUUUCGGGAGAAAUUUGAAGAAAUGCAUUUUGUAUCACGAAUCUAUCUUAAAUGGAUUCCAAUUAGCGAUAAUGCUAUUUUUGUUCUACUAUUCUUGGUUCGCAACCGAGGUGACCAAAAAGAGUGAAAAUAUAGCCUUUGCAGCUUAUAGUUGCGAUUGGAUGGGAAAAUCGAAGGAGUUUCAAAAAGAUAUAAUGUACCUUAUUCAGAUUUCUCAAAAACCAAUCAAAUUUCAUAUUCAUGGACUCAUUGGAGUAUCAUCGGAAACAUUUUUGAAGGUCCUGAAAAGUUCGUUUUCGUACUACACAGUUUUAAAAAAUGUAAUGCAAGAUUAA